GUUCUUUAAAAAGUUGCACCCGGCACCGAAACACGCAUGACAAGUGGAACAAACCUUUGAACCGGCAACAUGGUUGAAUGGACAGACUUCGAGCGCGCCACCAUCCAGAACUUGUUCUCCAAGAUGGACUAUGAGCUCGUGGGGCCCGCGGCUCUUUCCCGGUGCCUGGUCGUCUACCCCUGGACUCAGAGGUAUUUCGGCAACUUUGGCAACCUCUACAACGCCGAGGCCAUCACCUCCAACGAGAACGUGAUCAAUCACGGGAAGGUCGUGCUGCACGGUCUGGACCGGGCCGUGAAGAACAUGGACAACAUCAAGGACACCUACGCCGAGCUGAGCCUGCUGCACUCCGAGAAACUGCACGUGGACCCCGACAACUUCAGGCUGCUGGCCGACUGCCUGACCAUCGUGGUCGCCUCUCGCAUGGGUUCAGACUUCACCGGUGAUGUGCAGGCUGCUUUCCAGAAGUUCCUGGCCGUGGUGGUCUCCUCCCUGGGAAGACAGUACCACUAGAGAGCUGCUGCUGCAGAAGAAGAAGAAGAAGAAGAAGAAGAAGAAGAUCACAGGAUGUUCUCCUUUUUAUCUCCUUUCAUUUUUCUUUAAACCUCAUGCCUCUAAAGUGCUACUGAAUAAAACAAAUCAAGGGCAUCGUCAA